CGGGGUCGGUAGCCUGUUAGAGCGCUGUUCUUCGCGUCGCGAUCGCUGCCAUCGGAUUCUUGCAGCUACUCUGUGAGCUUUGCCCCAACCACGGUCAGCUCCGCCUCGGGCUGCUCGGUUCACUUCGCUGCCGCCGUCACCGCUUCGGCGUCCUUCCCCCUGGCCCUCGGCCCCCCAAUGUCUGACUCUGACUCCCGGACUGAGAAACGCAAGAAAAAAAGACCAAAUGGCAAAGCAACCUUCAGAUGUAAGUUCUGAGUGUGACCGAGAAGGUGGACAAUUGCAGCCUGCUGAGAGGCCUCCCCAGCAGCUCAGGCCUGGGGCCCCUACCUCCCUUCAGACAGUGCCGCAAGGUAAUCCUGAAGGCGAAGGGGACCGCUGCCCCCACGGCAGCCCUCAGGGCCCGCUGGCCCCACCGGCCAGCCCUGGCCCUUUUGCUACCAGAUCCCCACUUUUCAUCUUUGUGAGAAGAUCUUCUCUGCUGUCUCGAUCUUCCAGUGGGUAUUUCUCUUUUGACACAGACAGGAGCCCGGCACCCAUGAGUUGUGACAAAUCAACACAAACCCCAAGUCCUCCCUGCCAGGCCUUCAACCAUUAUCUCAGUGCAAUGGCUUCCAUAAGGCAGUCUCAGGAGGAACCUACAGAUAUGCGUCCAGAAAUAUGGAUUGCACAGGAGCUGCGGCGCAUCGGAGAUGAGUUCAAUGCUUACUACCCAAGGAGGGUAUUCUUGAAUAAUUACCAAGCAGCUGAGGACCACCCUCAAAUGGUUAUCUUAAGACUGUUGCGUUACUUCGUCCGCCUGGUGUGGAGAAGACAUUGACAGGAUCUUUGGGCAGCCAGCACAAGUUUCACUUGUUCAGAUCCACACACCCAGCGCUGGGAUCUCUUGGUGCCAUUACUAUGCAGCCAGCGGUUCUGUCCCAGAGAGGUGUGCAGAGUGCUGUGAAGACACCACCACACCAUGCUGGAUGUGAACUUGACCUUUCUGCUCAUCACCACAUGGCAGAAUUUCUAGUGGAUGUUUGUUGUGAAUGUAAAUGAGGGAGGAUUCUUCUCUUUUUAAUGUACAAAUCAUGGUUCUUUGGAGCAGGAUCAUAUGCAAGAAUGGUGUUUACAUGUGGUGUGUUGGGUUUUUUUUAAAUCCACCUUCUUUAAUAACAGGCUUUUUCAGAAAGGAAAUGAAAACUUUUUAGCCAACUUGUGAAUGAUUUUUAUACUAAAAUUUUAAGAACUUAUUAUCUACUCUCAGAGGAUUAUGUAAACCCUGCAGUGGAAACUGAGCCAGCUAAUUUAUAAAGCUGCCUUGGUUUAUUUUUAGAGAUUACUGUACAGAACUUUUAAAUAGGGAGAGUAUGAUGUUACCAUCCCUCCCCUGCCAUGGCCUCUUUUUUUUAAUUAUUAAUACCAAAACUUCUUAAUGAAAUGGAAUGGGUUAAAGAGGCAGAGGGUCUGUUGUAUUGGUAUGCCACUCCCAUUUUGUAAAUAUUUAUUUACCUCUUUCCACUCAGUUUCAUCUGUGGCAAAAAUUCAGACUUUUUGCUUGUCUUUCCUGAUCUAUCUUCAUGCUGAUGCACAGGUUUGGUCCAGGGUAUUUUCAUGAUGUAAUGUGUUUAGAUCAGAGCCAGGGUUAGUGCCUGCCUAUAUUGUUCCCAGCUCAAUCAGUAUGCCUGUUAGGAGCUGACCCACUAGGAAGUGCUUAGGGUCAGCUUCACUUGUUUUGACGGGCCCAUUGCUUAGAAUUCUACAUAAUGACAGCAGAUUAAGCAUGGCCCCUUACUCUGUUAGCUCUUCUGGUUGCAUGCUUUCCUGCAACCACAGGCUGUGCUCUGCACCAGGGACCAGAUGGUCAUUGUGGCCCCAUGAAGCUGAGUCGAAACUCUCACACUCAUGGGAACUGGCCAGCCACUGGUCAGGACAGGGAGGCUUCAGGUGGCAUUUUUGAGACGUGCUGUCUUUGAGUCCCUCUGAGCCCACCUGGCCUGUGAUUCUUCACUUGGCUGUCCUUUCUCUCAGCCUGCUUCAGCAUACAGGCUGGCCCUGCCUGCCUCAAUAUCACAGGCGGUCUCCACUGAGCUGAGUGGAGGAGAGUCCUCAGUCUUCUGGAGAGGACUGUUCUGCUCUUCCCCUCUUGUAAGACAGUUGGAUCCUGUCAGGCUUCCUGUCCCCGGAGUGGGGAUGGUCUUUCUCAGUACCUGCCCCUUAUGGCUGCAUGCACAGGAAGCCCCACACAUUGGUCAGUCAUUUCAAAAGCAGACAGGACUGGAGGUAUAAGUCAGUGGUGACCAAGGUCCUGGCAUGUGCAAAGCCCUGGGUUCCACCCCAAGACCCAUUGAAACAAAAGUAGGAAAGCAGGGAGCAGUGGGGGAGGGCAGGUUAGAAACCUUUAACUUGGGAAAUUUCAGUCAUCAGCUUUCAAACAAGUCAGCAGUGCCAGCCAUGAUUGUAUUUGCUUUUGCCCUGUGGAAGAUCCGUGCUUUCACGUUAUUAAAUGGAAAAAUCCAUCCAUUUGUAUGUUUAUAUGUAUAUGUGUAUAUGUAUAUAUAUUGCCUAUAUGCUUUCCCUUUAGGUAGAGAUUUCAAAUAGUCUUCCUUUUUAAACAUUCUUUUCCCCCAAACCUUUGCUGAGACGUUUUGUUGUUUGAAAGCUGUGCUAGAGUUCAGCUUGUUUUUUUGUUUUUGUUUUUGUUUUUGUUUUUGUUUUUUUUCUGUGUCUUGAGCCCCCUGUGGGGUCCCAUGCAGCCCACAGUUGUAAGGUGGUGGUAGGAUCGCAGCUGUGGCCCUGCUAGACACACACACCAAAGAUGUAUUUGGUUCUGGGUCACCACCCGCCCCUCCCCAGGAGCCUCCUGCUUGCGUGCCAGUCUCUCCGACUCGAGCACUUUACUGUCUGUUCAGCCCUGUGGGUCUGCAGGGCAGCCUGGGCCACCGCAGGAGGCUCUCCGAGCCAGGUGCCAGUGGCGUGUGCCCUGCAAGCGCGCUUACCUGUAGUCUGGAGGCCUUGGGCCGGCCAUGGAAGCAACUGGUGGGUAAGUGAGAGAUUCUAUGAAUUGCAGAAGCAUUAAAGAACGGGGUGCUGGCGCCAGAAUUAGACAUGACUGGAUGUCUCUGUACUGUAUCUGUUUUAUCAGAAUGCCUCCCUGCGGAAAGUGUGCCUGCCUACAUGGGUAUGCCUCGUACUUGUUCAUUGUUUUUAAUUUUUUUUUUUUUUUUUUUUGUAGAAUGAAAACUAGAUCCCUUUUUUUUGAAAACAUAAUGCGGGUUUUGUGCCUUGACAACCUCUCCCCACAUGAGGUUUGUAAAUAGUAUCCUGUGACUUCACACCGAAAUGCAAUAAACACACAAAAUGACUUCCUGACUCUUCAGAUUUCCUUCCCAGAAACGAGUUGAUGAAGAUUUUUUGGGGGGUGGGGUGGGGCUGGAGAAACAAUUCCUUUUGAUUAAAAAAGUAUACAAUGAAAUACAUUUUCUCCUGUUUUCCCUUAAGAUUGUAUAUAUUUUGACUAUUUAUUAGAUUAGGAGGUCAUAUUUUACUUAUCAACUGAGCCAAAUGUCUGUGCAAUUGUGUUUCCUUUACCUUUCUUGUAAAAUUUUGUACAGCAUAAAUGAGUAAAAAUCACUGUUUUUCUAAACUUCAGAAUUGAUUGUAAAUAUUGUAGAUUCAUUUUCUGUGUAAUGUGCCCUACUGUUCCAUAAUGCUGUAACUUGUAGAAAUAUUGUAUAUUUAUUUUCUGCUUAUUUAAUGUCUUAAAUUCUUGAAAGUGUUGACACCCCUGUCCCCCACAACCGUGCCAUCCCAUGAAUUGCUUCAGCUCCUGAGGUGGAGGCAGUGACCAGUCCACUCUUGCAGACAACCUGCUCUUCCCGGGCGGCCUCCAGCCUCAGCUCCUGGUGUUCAGUUCUUGGGUUUUGCUGCCCUUCUGAUGAAGUUGUGUUGAGAUAUUGAUGGAACACUCUGAUAACUAUUAGGUUUGACUCCAAAAAAAUGCCCACCUUCCCCUUUUUUCCCAAGUAGCUAGCGUCUCAGAGAAGCAAAAUGCUAACUCCAGCUAUGUCUUUUAUAAACAAGUGUUAUCAGCAGAUGGGAAAGACUGUUUUUACUAAAAAUGUAUCUUGACAACUCAGUGUUGAAAGAGUAAACGUGCCACCUCUGGAGGUACUGCUGUGCGAUGGUCCAGGGCAGAUGCAGGGCAAGUGGGUCUUGCUUCCAAAGUAUUUUUAAAGACCAUCUGUGUCACCAGAAUGCUUGUUAGCAACUGGUCACUGAGCUGUCCCCACCUGUUGCCCACUUUGGCUCCCUGUGAUUUGAGGUGUGGACUCAAUUGUUCAUCUUUAAGGAGCUAACUGUAUACCUUAGUCACUGCAUUUGGUCAGCCUGCUUCGGGCCCAUGGCUUUUCUAGCUCUCCACUCCCCUUGAGAGGUUGGGUUGGGGGAGUGCUGGGCCGAGUGUAACAAUGGCUCAUGGAAGCUCUAGGGAUUUCUAGUGACUCCACAUAGAUGGCUCUGUCCUCCCUGACUUAGCCUGGUGCCUGUGUGGGUCCACUCAGUACAUGUGUGUACAGGUCACGUCCACAUGUGAUGACAAAUCAUUUGGGGUCCCACCCUGAGCAGCAUUGUGCGCAGGAAGCAUCCUUAAGCUCCCAGAUAAGUAACUUGACUACUUUUAUUUAAGAACUUCAGACCUAGGAGCUCGGGUAGGUUUUAUGUCCAUGUUCUGUGACUACCGGUUACUGUAUCCAAACCCAUCAGGUACCCAUUUAUAAAUAGCACUGAUCUGCCUGUAUACUGACCCAUCACUAAUGUGUUUCCGAGGACCCAGCAAAUGUAGCGUUUGUAUUGCAGUUUCCCUGGCUUCCUUGUGUUUUGCACUGACAAAUUUUGACAGGGUAAUUGCCACUUUACUUGUGCAAUACUGCUGUAAAUAACUGCAGAUUUUUUUUUAAGAAACUCAAUCUUUUAUGUUCUUAAUGAAUUUUAUAUAAAUAAAACCUUCAACUAGCUUG